AGCUCAGUUGAACUUCUCCGCCGCCUCCUGCGCGGACGCUCCUCUGGACCACGACAGGGGAAAUGAGGAGAAGAGUCGUGGACCUGCGGCUCAGAUCAGAUCCCACCUGCAGGAGGAGGCUGCGCGCGCUCAGAGACAGACACUCUUCGGUAGCCGUCCUCAACGCUGUUGUCAAACUCUGUCCAUCGCUGUCUGGACUGUCACCUCCGAACAAAUUCACUCCUGAGCAGCUCAUGCACAAUGAAAGAUUCCUAAUAGAUGGUAAAGGCAUGGCAUCAACAGACGAGCUUAGAUUUGUUGGAGAGAUCCCAGAAAACCACCACACUGACUCUGAAACACAGACAAUUCCCUCAGAUGAGCGUGCACAACCAUCUACAGCCCAACUGGAUCAGGUGGUCAUGGACAACUUGGGGCGGCUCUUUGAGCACUGCAUCCAGCAGGUGUCCCGUCUGGAGAGGCAGAGGGACGAGCUGGUGCAGGAGCUCCUCCGGCUGCAGGAGCCCAUGCUGCGGAUGGUGGAGCAGCUGAGGGGGAAGGUGGCGGAGACACAGAGGCUGCUCACACUAGCUGAGAUGGACUACACGGCCGUUUUUGAGGAGGUGCAGAGGGUGAAGAGGAAACUGUUCACCACAGCCAGAGACUGCAUCCAGAGCCAGGUGACGCUGGCUGCAAAUGAGUAUGAGGUGGCUCAGUCUGCUGUUACACAGGAGGAGCUCAAGACCUACAUCGAUACUCUGUCUCAGGAGUUGUCCCAGCUCAAUGAGUCCCAAAAUAUCAGGCUCACCUCCCUGAGGGCCCAGGCUGCUAAGCCCUGCAGGCCCAGGGCCAUGAGUGACGUCAGCCAGUGCCGCCAGGCCUCCGCUAGACUGCAGCGGCGGCUCAGCGGCAGUGUGAGGGCACUGGAGGGCUGGUAUGAGCCCCGGCUCAUGGCCCUGCUGAAGAGGAAGCAGGUCGGGGAGGAUGCCCUGAGAAAGAGCAGGGAGCAGGCGAGGGACCUGAGGGCCAGCCUUGGGCCCCUGAGAGAGGACUGCCAGAGACUGGAGUUGCAGAGAGCCUGCCUGGAGCAGAGGAUCAUUCUAAUGGAGAGGGAGAAGGAGAAACGCAUCACUCAAUAUAAGGAGACUGUGGAGACACUAAGAGAGACUCUGAGAGAGCUAGAGGUGGAGUUUGAUGUUCAAAGACAAUCUAAGAAAGGUUUGGUGGAUCUUAAAGAUGGACUUUUAACAGAGCUGACAUUUCUCAGAGGCUGUGAUGAAGCCAGCAAAAACACUGCUGAAGAAGAGCUAUAAGUUUCUAUUUCCAGUUAAUAUUCUGACACCAGACCAAACCAUGGAACUGGCACUGUCAAUAGCUAAACAUUGAUAAUAAGCAGGAUAAUUCAAUCUUGGUAUGUAUUCACACUCAUUUACUAUAAUUUUACAAGUUUUCUUCUUUUUCUUUUUAUUUAUUUGCACAAUAUAAAAAUGUUUACACUGCAUAACGUCCAAUGGACUUAUUAAAGCUUCCAAAAGCACUUUACAAUGUUAAAAAUGUAAAAAGACACAAUUAGGAUGCAGAAAAUGAUGACUACCUGGGCGACAAUAAUAUAUGUUUAACAAAAAAACAAUGAUAUCAAUAUAAAAUGUGUGCAUGUGGGAUGAAUGAGUUCUAAAACUUGUGUUGCCGGGCAGGUUUGGUUUUGCAGUAUUAACACACUGAGUGAAACAGUAAAUGCAUCAAUAGACAUUAAUAGCUGCUGAACAGCAAUUGUAGAACGGCACUUAAAUUGUCUUGUCACUGAAAUGUCUUUUAAAUAAUUUUUGCCAUCUGGUCAAAGCCAUUCUGUCAUUAAGUACCCCUCAUUUUUAUUAAUAAUGUACCAAACUAAUCUAACAAUCUAAAGACAUGUACUAAUAAGCAAGGGAAACAGAUUUAAUGUAAAUAUU